AUGCAACCAAACUGUCAUUUUAUUUGUUUAUUAUUUGGCGAUAAGCUUGUAAUAGCAGUAAGAGGAAAAGGAGUGGAAAAUUGGAUUGGCAAAGGGUGUCGGCUACUGUGGUCGUGGUUCAGGAAACGGUUUCGGAGUGUUACCAUGAAGGGUAGUCGACGGCAUCCGAGUUGCGCAAUUGCCAAAAUGGCGGAUAUUUGCUCAGAUAAUAUGGAUUCGAGCAAAGAAACUGAGCCAAAACCGUCGAAUGAUUUCUCUGAAAAGCUUAAGGUAACAAUAUUAAGUGAUUCAGUACUUAAUUGGAUAGCCGUUAGCAUCAAUAUGACAACCUGGCAGCGGCUGUGCAUACUGUCGGCCAGAUUUUCACAUGUCAACGACGAAAUUUUUCGCCACGUACUACUAAUUAGUUCAUUUGAAGCAUCUAGAUUACCAGAGUGGAAUUCGCAGAGACAAAGUUGGGAGGAUAACAAAGACGGCGAUCCAAAAAACUCUGAGGCUAGCAGUGGUGACGAAUCACCUCCUUCCGAUAUUCCAGCUUCAUCUAGUAUAUCCAAUACAACUAACGUACUUGAAUCUUUUGUUCAGGCAAUUGAGAAGAAUGAAGUAAACGAAAAGCCCGAUUUAGAGACGCAGUUAAAGAUUUUACGAUGGAUGAGGAAUUGCGGUAGGGAUGAGAAGGAACUGCAGCUUAAUUGA